UUGAGACUCGUAUUACUGUUCAUAUUCGCGAAACCACCCCAAAGCCCUACCAAAACCCCCAUCUCCGUCUCCGUUCCGAUUUUCACGAUUUAUCAGCCCAAAAUAUACAGUAAUUGUAGCUACACUGCCUCGACCUUCCCGAGCUUCGACUCUGAGGCUCAGCAACAAACAGACGACGGCAAUCGCUUAGAAGAAUUGAGAGAAGCCAUCAGAGAGUAUCUGGAACAGCUUGGAGUUUCGAGGGAGGACGCGUCUCGCAUUAGCUUUGGCUGCCACAACUAUUUGAAGAUGCUGAUCGACGGCGUCCAAGACCUUGACGUGCGUAGGAGAUAG